AUGCAGUCGACUUUGAGCCAAAGAAAGGAUCUCGCAAACGGUGAUGCAUUGGCGAUCAAUGAAGGCCUUGACGGUGUCGCGGCGAGGGUUCAGGCGCGCUCAACUUACCAGCUUCGAUUGUGGGUCGUUGUCCAGCCGUGGAGACUGUACAAUCACCUCAGCUCUAGGACGGUGGAGGCGCUCGGUCUGGAUCCCAUGAAGGGAGUGAUGGUCAUGCUAACGACCGAUCAACACUACACACUGUCCACCGUUCGCCCGGAAGUAAAGUGGUUGAGACAGGUCCACCCUGACAAGGUCGAAGGGAGUAUGCGCUGCGACGGCAGCGCCGGCGACACCUUCUCGCUCGAAUGGACGCUUCGAAAGAGGCUGGAAGAAGACCUCUCUCGGAACUGGCCCCCAGCUCCACGAUGUGCCAGAAGCCCUGAUGACGAACGUGAUGCGGGGACAUGUGCAAGAGAGGAGGGUCUGGUCUGCAAGAACGAUGAACGAAAGUGCUUCAAGGAUACCGUACGGAGAAUGUGCGAAUGUACCGGCGUCGUGGAAGAGCUUGCCGUGUAUGCUCUUCAGGACGACGAACAGCAGGCUCAUAACCUCCUUCUCGACAUGGCGGAACUGCAGAACAUAUUUGAGGUUGUGGAGCAGAUGGUGCUCCUUCACGCCGCUGCGGUCCAUCCGAGAAACAAAGAGCUACAGUGCGACUUUGUCUGCCAAGUUGAGACCGGGAAGCGGCUGUCGUCCUGUACUAUCCCGUCGCCUCCGCCUUUGACGACGGAGGAUGAAGGAGGAGAGCGGCUGGGCCCAACAGCCGAGCUCGCGAAUGCUGCGGAUACGAACGGGAACCUCUUGCUGCGCGUGGCGCUGACAAUAAUUGCCAAGAUUCGGAACGCGAACAAGAUGUGCUUGGUCUGUGGAGAUGCGAUUGAGGGCUACCUCCCGGCAGUUCCCAUCGUGUGCCCAAAGGUGGAGAAGAAUGGGGAGACCGUCGAUUUGCUCAUUGAUCUGUUCUAUAUGGCAAUGCAUGGUCGCCGGCCGGAGCUUGCGUUUCCUAGCACGGUGCGUGAGAUACUCGCGACCUACCCAACUGUGGAAGACAUGAGGCGGAGUGUCAAGAGGAUUGCCGAAAAACGGAAAGUCGGUAGUCCUUCCUCCAGCUCCAGCUCCAGCUCCAGCUCCAGCUCCAGCUCCAGUCCCUGCUGGGAUGAAGAAGCCAACGUCGCAGACGGGAACAUGGGCAACAUUGAUGGCGUCAAACCGAGUUCUUCUGGCGCUGCUUCUGUUCCCGCUACCGUUGAUGCUGCGGUCGCCGAUACUAUUGACGAGGGCGAUACAGAGAGUAGAGCUGAAGCUGUUGCUAGGGCAGAGGCCAUCGCCGCUGUCGAAGCUGUCGCGACUGCAGAAGCCAUUGCUGCAGCUGAAGAAGCUGCUGCAGCCGAAGCUCUUGCUGCAAAGGAGACUGCCGCUGACGCUGCCAUGGGAGGUGUAGUUGCUGGUUCUCUAGUUGGCAUCGACGGAGCCGAGGGAUAUGACGAUGCAGAGGCUGACGAUGGCGGGAAGGGGAGGGAGGAGUGGAACCCGCUGUCGACCCGGGCUCAUCUCCGUCCGUUGCGAGAAGAAGAGAUCAUUCGUGAGAUACCAUGCGCGAAGCAGUUCAUGCUCGUCACAGGCACAGCGGAGCGCGAGGCAAACUUUCAGAGGAUGAAGAAAGAGGCAGCCUCGAAUGGGCGGACAGGCUCGUUUUUCGCCUUUCACGGCAGCAAACCCGACAACUGGCACGCUAUCCUCCAGUUGGGCCUCAAGAACAUGUCCGGUAUUUACGACCCCUCGUGUCAUCAAAACGACUGCUGGUUAGAGAGUGGUUCGGGGGGGUUACCGAAAAGCUCCAAGUACAUGUCGAGCGGUGCGGCUUACGGCACGGGCGUUUACAUGGCCGAUAAGCUCUCUGUUUCACUCCGAUAUGCGGCGAGCGAUGGCACGGAGCACUGGCCGCUUGGUGAAACGAGUGGAAUGGCUGUCAUCGUGGCAGUCUGCGAAGUGGUUGACAGGCAAGGGACUGCCACGAUCGAAUGUGUCGACUGCUCUAGAAGAGAAUCAAUUGCGUUGUAUCCUGCCCAGAUUCGGCACCCAAGAGGCCCGCUGUGGCGGGUCUCCCACGCUUUCAAUAUUUUUGCAUAA